UCCGAGGGGCCCAGUUUGCUUGGAAUUUAGUCUAGAAUCUAGUCUAAAGACUUUAAAAUAGGUAAUUACAUUCAGGGUGAUCCCUGCAAUGACGAUAGCUUAUAGACACCUUCAUAUAGAGAAUAAAGUAACUUGAGGAUGUAAGUGGAAAGCAGCAGAUCAGGGAAGGUUUCACUAAGGAGGGGAGAUUUGAACUGGGCUUUGGAGGUUGAUUAGGAGUGUUCUAGUUGACCAGAAGAGAAGGGACAUUUCAGGUAAGGGAAACAGCACGGGAUGCAAGUUAUGAAAGGGCGUUUUAGAGGAACAAAUAUAGUAACAGCUCAAUAUUGCAAGAAAUUAUAAAGAUGAGUUCCUGAAAAGAAGAUUGAGACCAGAAGGCUUUGAAUGUCAUGCUGAGGCCAGAAUUUAUCCUAGAGCACAGGACACCAUGAAGCAGCUGCCAGUCUUGGAGCCUGGAGACAAGCCCAGGAAAGCAUCAUGGUACACCUUGACCCCAGCUGGAGACAGUCCCUGUGCUCGGGUUGGCCACAGCUGCUCAUACUUACCCCCUGUUGGUGACGCCAAGAGAGGGAAGGUCUUCAUUGUUGGGGGAGCAGAUCCAAACAGGAGCUUCUCAGAUGUGCACACCAUCGAUUUGGGAACACACCAGUGGGAUUUAGCCACCUCGGAGGGCCUCUUGCCUCGGUACGAGCAUGCCAGCUUUGUCCCCUCCUGCACACCUCACAGCAUCUGGGUGUUUGGAGGUGCCGACCAGACGGGAAAUCGAAAUUGCCUACAAGUUCUGAAUCCUGAAACAAGGACUUGGACCAUGCCAGAAGUGACCAGCCGACCACCGUCCCCAAGAACAUUCCACACGUCAUCGGCAGCUAUUGGGAACCAGCUCUAUGUCUUUGGGGGCGGAGAGAGAGGCGCCCAGCCCGUGCAAGAUGUGAAGCUGCAUGUGUUUGAUGCAAACACCCUGACCUGGUCACAACCAGAGACACUUGGAAAACCUCCAUCCCCCCGGCAUGGUCAUGUGAUGGUGGCAGCAGGGACAAAACUCUUCAUUCAUGGAGGCUUGGCAGGGGACAAUUUCUAUGAUGAUCUCCAUUGCAUUGAUAUCAGUGACAUGAAGUGGCAGAAGCUAAGUCCCACUGGGGCAGCUCCCAUAGGCUGUGCUGCCCACUCAGCUGUGGCUGUGGGGAAGCACUUAUACAUCUUCGGAGGGAUGACUCCCACUGGAGCCCUGGACACAAUGUACCAAUAUCACAUAGAAAAGCAGCAUUGGACCUUGCUUAAAUUUGAUACUUUUCUACCCCCUGGACGAUUGGACCAUUCCAUGUGUAUCAUUCCAUGGCCAGUGACAACGUGUACAUCUGAGACAGAAGAUUCAAACUCUGCCACUCUCAACUGUGGUGCUGCGAAGGGGGAUUCCACUGGGAAAGGAGUAACCCAAGGUGGUGACUUGCAUGAAGGUCAGACUGACACACUGCUCUGUUUUGUGUUUGGUGGGAUGAACACAGAAGGGGAAAUCUAUAAUGAUUGUAUUGUGACUGUAGUUGAUUAAUAAAAGCCACAUUUUUA